AUGUCUGCUUUAAACCCUUCAAGCUCUGGUUGGCAAGCGGUAAAGAGGAAAGCAAAGAAAAUUGGUAAUAAAGUUGAUAAGAUAGUCCACAACUAUCCUAUCCAAAGUUACCGCGAAUCUUGUCAGAAGAGAGGAUCGAAAGUUUCAGUAAAUAGCUAUAACGCUUUUCUUGACGAAAACGAAUCGAGUGGAUAUAAGUUCUAUAGGGAAAACAAGAACGUAUAUAUUGUUGACAUGUCAAACGCAGAGCAUGGGGCCGUCGUAGUAUAUCUUAUAAAACGGUUCGACAUACCAAAUAAUGGUGCGAUGGUUGGCCCAAUAUACAUCUAUGGUGACGCAUUCCAACGGGCAGUGGGGAAAAAAUAG